AACUUUUCACCUAUUUUCAUCUACGGCAAGCACGUUUACCCAGAAGAACUGUCUUCCACAUUUCAUUUCUAAGGUGUGAAGGUUGAGGCUGAGCUGACGUGAUGGCGUCGUGUCGUGAGAGACGGCGAGACUCCGACACCAGCCUGCUGCUGGAGGACGAGGAGGACAGGGAGGAGGACACCGAGGACGAGGACCAUAUAGAGAAAGCUGCUCUCAACAUCCUUUUCUGCAAACGUUUCUGGCAUCUUCUGAAGGUCAUCUUCCCAAAACUCAUUUCACCAACAUUUCUCAUGUUCUGCACACUUCUGGCUGUUUGUCUGCUGGAACAAGUUGUGAUUUACCAGACGGGCCUCAUCCCCAGCCAGUUUGUGAGGAUCCUGGCUGCAGAGAAUCCCCAGAAGUCUGAGUUCAUGACCAGACUCUGGCUGUCUCUCAUCAUUAUUGGGCUCAACUCAACACUGAAAAGCCUGGAUGGUUACAUCAGCAGCCUGAUGUAUGUGCGAUGGCGCCGGCUGAUCUGCCACAGACUCCAUCAGAAGUACUUCCAAGACACUGUGUACUACCAGCUCAACGUGCUGCAGGAGAACAUGGACAAUCCGGACCAAAGAAUCAGCCAAGAUGUGGAGAGGUUCUGUAAGCAGUUCAGUCUGAUGAUAGCUGUGAUCAUCAUCUCUCCCUUUACCAUAGGAUACUACACAUAUCAGUGUUAUAUUAGUACCGGAUGGCAGGGUCCUGUCAGCAUCUUUGUGUACUUUGUGACAGGUACAAUCAUCAACAGGUUCAUCAUGUCCCCCAUAGUGAGCCUCCUGGUCAGACAAGAAAAGCUGGAAGGAGACUUUAGGUUCAAGCACAUGCAGAUUAGAGUUAAUGCUGAAUCAGCAGCAUUCUACAGAGCCUGCCAGGUGGAGCUGAUGAAGACCAACUUCAGGCUCCACUCCUUACUGGACACACAGAAACGGCUCAUAAACAGGGAGUUCUGGCUCAAUUUUGCAGUGAACAUGUUUGACUAUCUGGGAAGUAUCCUGAGCUACAUCGUCAUUGCCAUCCCUAUCCUGAGUGGUGCCUACAGCCACAUGGCACCAAAUGAAAUAAGUGCACUUGUCAGCAAGAAUGCCUUUGUGUCCAUCUACCUGAUUGGGUGCUUCAGCGGGCUGAUAGACCUGUCUACCAAACUCACUGACCUGGCAGGCUACACACACAGGAUUGGAGAGCUCCUCGAGUCUCUGGAGAAGACAGAAAAGGGGACAAUGGAGGAACAGACCAACCACAGUGCAGACCCUGGGGACGGCGAUCCAUCUGAAAAUGCAAGCCUUUGCAGCAAUGAGAGCACACAGAGUAACAAGGCCUUCCAGCUGGAGUCAGUCACUCUCACACCGCCUUCACUACAGAACAGGGUCCUCAUCAGGGAUCUUAACCUUGAGAUUGAGGCUGGAAGAAAUUUACUUAUAGUGGGAAAUACAGGCUCUGGCAAAAGUUCCUUACUGAGGGUUUUGAGAGGACUGUGGCCAACCUUAGGAGGCAGUGUAGAAAGGAUCAGCCCACUGGGUCCACAGGGGGUGAUGUUUAUACCACAAAAACCCUACCUGACUGACGGGUCACUCAGGGAACAGAUCAUAUAUCCACUUAAAGAUAAAUACCCAGGUCAAGUUUCCCCUGAUGAUGGGAUAAUCAUGCAAUAUUUGGAAAGGCUAGAACUGAUGUCAGUUUUUGAGCGGGCCAAAGGACUGGAUGGUGGCACGGAGUGGAUAAACUGGUACGAUGUGCUAUCCCCAGGGGAGAUGCAGAGGCUAUCCUUUGCCAGACUCUUCUUCCACCAGCCUCAGUUUGCAGUACUAGAUGAGGCCACCAGUGCUGUCAGUAUGGAGACAGAGGAACUUCUGUACAACAUGUGUAAGGACAUGGGGAUGACUGUUAUCAGUGUAGGGCACAGGAGUAGCCUCAGAAAGUUUCAUGAUGUAGAACUGAAGCUGGAUGGCCGUGGGGGCUGGAAGCUGGACACCAUCAGAUGAGACCAAGCCACGUCUACAGUAUAGUCAAUGUCAAGACGACAGUUGCCAUACUUGCUAUAUAUGUUGAACUAUCAUCAGGAAAACCUAGAGCUGUGUACCUAAAGAAAUUUUACGUACAGGUACAGUUGCCAUGCUUACUAUAUAUGUUGAACUAUGAUCA